CUUAGGACUGAUUCCUGGCCCCAACUGGUGAUCUUGAAGCAGAUUAGAAAUAACGAUACACAUGAUCUCUUUUUGCAUUAUUGGCAAUGUGAUAUUUAUUACAUUUUUUAUUUAUAACCUUUAUUUAAUAAGCAUAUACAACAGAGCACAGCCUUAUGAACAACGGUUUCCUGGAAAUAUUAUGUCCAAAAUGAGACAAGUCCUGAAAAAAUGUAUGUCACAAUUUCCCAUAAAAUGUUUAAGCUAUAGCACUAAAGAGCCACACUAGCCCAACAUACAUCAUUAUGCGAGAAUAGUACCAAUUAGCCUAUUGCAUAUCUUGUAUAGAGGGCCCAUAUUUUUGUACCUCAACAUUCUGGAGUUAAGUUUACCAUCUCACUUCUAAGCAACAAAUCACAACUGUCAGAAUUUGUUAUGAACAAUGCAACUGAACAACCAACUUCCCAAAAAACUGAACAAUUGAUAUCAAGAAGUAGUCUUUUAAUUUAGGUUAGAUUUAAUUCUAUUACAUGAAAUACAGUCCUCUAAUCUUCUACUUAACACUACUGAUUACAGCUCAGACACCACUUAGAUUCAAGCAACCAAGUGCAAACAAACACAUAUGAACAAACAUGACCUCUUUCAACUAUCUGUCCUCCUGGUCUGUAGCUCACCAUUAAGCUAUGAGGCUGGGAGCAGCUGUGGUUUGCGUUGCAGAAUGGGAAGGGUUCUAAUUUUCAACUCUCACAUUUCUCCUAACAUUAACCCGUCUUGGGAGGAGGGCCUGGCAGGCUGAAGAAAAAUUUGACAACAGGUGUUCCACUUCUUUUACUCCAGCAGUUUACAUUAUGUAUUUAGUCUAGUGCACAUUCUAGCCUAAUUCACUCCUGUCCCACAACUAUCCAAAACAAAAGCACAUGUAGCCUACUUAAAAUAAUAUACAACCUCAGUCCCAAUAGUUUUGGCACAGGAGUGAAUUAGAAUGUGCGCUAAACACAAUGUAAACUACCCAUUUUUAUUUGCUAUACAAACGACUUAUCUGUUGACUAAUGAGACAACCUUGUGGGGUGACCGAGUUUAGAUAUCCAACAGCAUAUUUUCAGUUCAAGCUUCAUUUGUACAGUGCGAGCCAUAGAAAUAGAAUGGAUAGAGUGAGUGUCCCCAUUCAAGUCAAAUAUGACAUAAUAGGUGGAUUGGUGGCCAUUGGGAGUGUACACAUAGGAGCAAAGCAGGAAGUAAAAGCAGGAAUUGUACCCAUCAAUCUGUGCUGUAAUUUGUUGAAUCAACUCAACAUUACAAAAAAAUACUUUCCAUUGCAUGAGCCACAUUUGUUAGCAUCAUUUCAAUGAACAAUCUACAUUACCAUGGAAAUGAUUGCAUCACAAUUCCAGACAGCCAUUGCGAGUGUACCACAUGAGUUUACCAGUAAAAUUGCCAGGAUUAGAGGUUCCAAGCCUGUUCUAUUGAUUCUAUUUCUAUGGUAUGAGCAUCCUAUUCAGUUGAAAGUGUUAUUGGCAGUAACAAAAUGUAUUUAAGAAUAUCCAUUCCCUACAACAUCUAAUCAGAGCACUAGUUUGGAUAACUUGUCAGGGGUGCUGUGGAAGUACAUUUACAAGCAUUUUGCUGUCAAGAUUCAUGAUGAACAAGUGUCAGUAGCUAAUAAGGGAUUACUGUACUGUUCGACAAGGCUGGAGACUCAAAACCCAAAAGUAUUUGGUCAAUCGAAGGCAAAUCAUAUAACAGUUGUGGAAUGCUCUAGAACUUGGCGUACUGGAGCUUUGGACAGUUUACCAGACUGUUUAUAUUUUCUGUUCCGAUAGGGAUCCCCCUUCCUGUCAGAAAGAUACACAAAAACACCCAGAGCCAAAAAUAUCUGACAGUUUACUGAUGCAAGUGAACCAAUGUUGAUAGUAUUUGGUUAGCUCGAACAAACUAAGUAGCUAAGAGUUUAUGUCAACUUGGAUUUUAAUUUAUACCCAAAUUAGACUAUUUAUUUUUCUUGACGCAACAAUGCCAUUUUGAAAAUAAAUAACACAAUGCAUACAAAGUUGUCAAUUUAUCCAUUGUAUUCAAGUAUCGUAAAAGACAAACAAAAUGCCAUUUUAAGCAUAAAUAUAGCAAACCUACUGAUAAACUUUCCGAGUCUAAUCUGUGCAAUUUUCACACAGAUCAGCCCUCAAUCUUUUUUUGAGAGGAGUGGGAUAAUAAACUUCCCUGCAGUAGUAGUUACCCAAGGGAAUUCAAAUUGGCCUUACUCACUCCACGGUGCUCCUCACAAGACCGUUUCCAUCCCUUUCAGAGCAUUGUGCCUUCAGUAUAGUGGACGGCUCCCAGCAUCGGAUCUAAGAGAAUAAGAAUGGAGGUUAAGGUAUCAGUGGAGGGAGUCCCACGUGUUGUCUGUGGAGUUACUGAGAAAACCACAUGCCAGGAAGUAGUCAUAGCUUUGGCUCAAUCCCUUGGUCGUCCUGGGCGCUACACACUUCAGGAGAAAUUCAAAGAGUUUGAGCGAAAUAUGACGCCUAAUGAACGGCUUCUGGAGUCUCUUGAGAAGUACGGUCAGCAGGCCAGAGAGAUCCAGCUCACCCUGCUGCACAAUGGGCCAUCCCUCUGGGAAGGGCCUAGCAGAGGGAAAGGCGGCAGAUACGAGGCUGGCCCUCAGCUUAGGAGAGCAGAUGCUGGGGGCAAGGUACAAAGGGUUAGCGGUGGGCUUAGUUUACACCGUCAAAGCCUACCUCCCUUAUCAUGCCUGCGGCAGCAAUCCGAACAGCGACCGGAAGAACCAAAAAAGCCCAAAAGAAAGUCCCUGACCCUGAUGGAGGAGGCUUGGGGAUGGCUGGAGAGCAUAGGAAGGGGCACAGUGAACCAAUCAGGCCGCGAAAAGGGUAGCAGGAUGGACACGGUUAAAAUGGAUGGUUGUUCCCUGAACGUUACGGUCACUGUUGCCAAGGAUCCCUCCACUCCUGGGGUUUUGCAGAGCAAAUUUAGAGAAAAGAGUGCUAAGUCCACUGAGCACCAGCGAAUCUCCUGCUGCAUGGGAGACCAGGGCAGGGACAGAGAGAAAAGUAACCUUUUCAAUUCUGAUGAAGGUAAUGAUAUCCAACAUGUUAAGAAACACCCAGAGGUUAGCAUGGCAAAGAUAAAAGCUGAGGGCCAGCAGAAUCCAACCAGUGCCCUUAAGAUGGUUGAUGAGAAAAUGAAAUUAAGAGCACUAGUUGCUAUCCAACAGGCUAGUCUGAAAGAGCUGCAGGUCCAAAUAACCUGCACGGAUAGCCAAAUUCAUGAGCUGGAGGAGCAACGAAAGGCCAGGCAAGCUGACCAAGAGGCCCAGCAAAAAAUAGUGGAGGAGGCAGAGCACCUGGAAUUUUGGAAAAAUGAGCUGAAGGCCGAGGAGGGAUAUGAGAAAGACUUGCAGGAACAGUUCCUGGAGAUGAAGGUGAAAGCUGUGGAGUGUAAGGCCAAGUUAGAAGAGUACAAACGCAAAAUGCAAGGUCUUGAUUCUUCAAGGGACAGGAGAACUGUUCAAGAGGAGCAAGUGAACGUUCCAAGCCAAGAUGCCACAUCUCCUGCUGCUGCAGGGUGGACACGGCUGAAUGAGGCCCUGAAUCAAUCAGUCAGUGUGGUAAAUACUGACAGGAAGUUUGCGCCCAGAGUGGCCUCCAGUCAUCCUCAUGCUGUAGUUCUUCCAAACCAGAUCAAGGAAUUGCAGCCCUCAAGGCAAAGUCAGCUUAGGGACUGGUGGACAUGCUGGUCUGAAGCUCAGAGUCCAAAUCCAGAAACACAACCAAGGGUUGUGCAUAUCUCUGAAAUAAUGAUACAUCUGGGCAGCACCAGAGUUUGAAAAGAGGUUGAGGAAAAACAGAAACUUAUCUGUAAAAACCAAACACAAUAAAGCCUUAGCGUUCAGCGAGGACUGUGAGGCAACAAACAUAGGCACAGACAUGCAUACACACACGUACACAUGGAUUUUGUACUGUAGAUGUGUUAAUGGUGGAGUAGGGGCCUGAGGGCACACUGUGUGUUGUGAAAUAUGUGAAUGUAAUGUAAUGUUUUUUAAAUUGUAUAAACUGCCUUGGUUUUGCUGGACCCCAGGAGGAGUAGCUGCUGCCAUAGGGAUCCAUAAUAAAUACAUGAUUUGUUUGCAGUUUCACAUUUCUGUACUGACUGUUCUGUUGCUGUAAAAAUAAAAAGGCUAAAUAUUUGUCCUA